AUGGGAAGGCGGAAUACUGAUGAACCGACCCCGAAAAAAACUGCCCACCCUCCGAAUCAAUUGCCGGAACAGAAGAAAGACAAGUUCUCGUUCGAUGACUACCGCACACACCACGAAGUCGACGAACACUGGCAGUUACGGCGCCUUUUUAUGGAGCAAAAUCAGCACAUCCUAGAGGAAGAUGAACUGGUGUGUCUGGCACAGGUGUUUAUGAACAUUGAACUUAUGCACUGUCGCUAUCCGCCGGAAACAAUGCGACGCGUUGCCGAGUUGUCCGACGGCAUAGCGAAAGAGUACCGGUCCCAGCGCGCCAACAUGCUUCAGCGGACGUUCGUCUCUGCGAGCGAUGCGGCUGCAUCGAAAGUGCAACGUAAAGACCCCAUUUUUCAGACUGGCGGCCCCCGACAGCCGACUUUUUCUGCCACAGUCAACAGGCCGAUGUCCACCGAUGAAAUUCUGAAGAACAUCGUUGUUGUUAACAACUGUUUGGUUCAAACGCAGAACGAGUUCAAUCGGUUAGGUCGCGGCGUUACCAUGACCGACAGCGUUACCGAAUUGCAGAACAACGAACACGAAGCAGUGAUCGCGAUUGGUAGUCUGGUUCUUGGUAAAGCGACCCACUGCAGCAAAAAAGGGGCACAGCAGAUGGCCCGGAAAGAAGCGCUGGAGUACCUGUCGAAACAUUGCUACACUAUGGUGCGCAAAAAGCUACCCACGCAAAUGGAGGGUGCCAACGUGGUCCACAAAAGAGGCUCCGGAAAUGGCACGUUAAAUGGCGGAGAAGGGAAUGCGGCGAGCGCUGAUCUUAAAAUAGACACCAGCAACGUUGGGUUUCAGUUGAUGCAAAAGCUUGGCUGGAAGGGUGGCAGCUUGGGGACGAGGAACGACGGAAUCGUCGAUCCCAUUGCAGCACAAAUUAAAAUCGGCCGCAAAGGUUUGGGCACCGACGAGUCGAAUAGUGAGGGAGAGUUGGACACCAAGUUCAUUAAGCGUGUCCUGAAAAAUUUCAAAGAUUCGCGCAUGGAGUACGAUUUAGUGUUCAGCGCCGAGUUUUCCAAACAGGACCGCGAGCUGAUACACAGAUUCGCAAAAUCGUUUGCAUUGAGGACGAAAAGCUUCGGCAACGACAAUCAGGGAACGAGGCAGCUCGUAGUGCUCGCAAAUCGAUUGUCCCCACUUGAGAUAGUGGACAAAGUGCUGGUUUCGCAGGAUCCGGUCUGUUGCGAAAUGUACGAAGUGAGCAGUCCUGUGGGCUCAAAAUAA